AUGGAUCCUAAUUCUUCUCUAUCUCGCGGAUAUAUGCAUGAUGUCUUCCCCAGUUUCUGCGGUCAAGACGUUCGCAAAACCUUUCUCAGCCACUUUCUUGAAGGGCUGAAAAGAGAAGGAAUAAACACCUUCAUAGACAAUGGGAUCACGAGGAGCGAGUCUAUUAACUCCGAGCUCGUUAGAGCUAUCAAGGAAGCAAGGAUUGCUAUCGUUAUUCUCUCAAAUAACUACGACUCUUCAAGUUGGUGUCUUAACGAAUUGCAGUUGAUCAUGGAGUGCAGGUUAGCUUUAGGACAGACUGUUAUGACAAUCUUCUACGAAGUGGAUCCGUCAGAUGUAAGAAAACAGACCGGAGAUUUCGGGAAGGCCUUUGAAGAAACUUGUGAUGGGAAGACAGAGGAAGAAAAACAUAGAUGGAGACAAGCUUUGACUCAAGUUGCGGUUAUUGCCGGAGAACAUUCUGUUUCAUGGUAUACUCUUCUAACCUACGUUCAAGUAAUGCUACGCGGUAACUAG